AGAGAAAGAGGGAGAGCUUCUGGGAAGAAAUGUCUCUCCCUGACUCUGUCGCCUCGACAACCAGCUGAGAAAGGAGGGGAGGGAGGACCAGAAAGGGACGGAAGGGACUGUGGAGCAUAAAAGAAGAGGAAAAACAACAUGAGCUGCUGAAAACAGAAGAUUCCUGCAGAGUGAGGAAGGAAAAGGGAUUUUUGUUGCACGGAGCAGAUGAAACCUCAGAGCACAAGUUCAGAACAAUCAAAGUGGACCAGGCAGGCCUGUGCAGGCUCCACCUGUGAUUCUUGCUCCGUCAGCCUCAGGUGCCAGCAUGGAUGUGGAGGAUGAGGCGCUGCUGUUUCAGACCAGCUGGGGUGGUGAGGAGGAGGAAGAGGAGGAAGAAGAAGAAGAGGACGAGGAUGGAAUGACACAUGCUGCUGGUCAGAGAUGUUUAUGUGGGGUGUGGAGGGCAGUGGGGUGGGUUUACACACAGCCCUGGGCUAGUGGAGUGGUUUUAGGGGUGGCCUUCCUGCUGCCAUGUGCCCUGUUUGCCUACAUGCUGCUCUACUGCCCUCCUCUGGACAUAGACCUCUCCUACAGUGCCUUCGAGGUUCACAGCCACUUCUCAGCAGAGCGCUUUGAUGCCCUCACCAUUGCUGUAAAGACUCAGGUGGGGUCCUGGGACAGACAGAGGCGUGACACAGAAAACACGGAGGCUGAGGCGCUGCAGGAGCUUCUGCUGGAGAAGCUGGGGACAAAGAGCGUCGUCUUCUCUCAGCUGAACAGCACUUUACAGGCAGAAGAUGAUCAAAAGAGAGGAGCGGCGGAGAGGGAUGCGAGGACAGAAUCUGAUGUGAGUCAGAGGGAGAUGAGGAUGGACAGGAGCUCAAAUCCCAGACCAAAGGAGGAGAGAUUACAUGUCAGCAAUUCCUCCUCCUCUCUGAUGAGGAGGCGCAGGUUUGCUUCCAACUACUAUAUGCAGAGCCAAGCUCUGUGGAGGAUCGAGCUGGUGUUUGUGGCUCAGGGGCAAGGUGAUCGCAACAUCUUCACUCCAGAGCGCCUGCAGACAGUUCACCGUGUGGAGCGCCUGCUCAUGCAGCACCCGCAGUUUCAUCAGUUCUGCUGGAAGCCAAUGGAAAUAUUACGGGACCUGCCAUUGGGACCGUCUUACUGCUCCCCACCCAGCUCUCUUCUGUCUUACCUCUACCCCACUGAAAGAGGGGGAAAGAUCUACUAUGAUGGAAUGGGGCCAGACCUGGCUGAUAUUCAGGGCUCUUUAAGUCUGGCCAUAACCCACCCACAGUUCUACUGGUACGUGGAUGAAAGUCUGUCUCCAGAGCGUCUGUCCUCCUCGCUCCUACGCAGCGAGAUCCACUUCGGCGCUCCUCUGCCGUCCUACUACUCCCUGCAGGACCGAGCAGAUGAGCAGAGAGCUCACUUUAAAAACUUUGUGGUUCAGUAUGCAGACAUGCUGGCCAAGCAAUCCACCAGUCAGGUGAAGGUGCUGUAUGGAGGGACAGAGCUGUUUGAUGAUGAAGUCAGACACACCUUCUACAACGACAUGAUGCUGGCUGUCUUCAGCGGAGCCUGCAUCACUCUGCUCGUCUACAUCCUGACCUCUUUUUCUGUCUUUUUGACUUUCUUCGGUCUUGCUGGCAUCGGCCUGAGCUGUCUGAUGGCUCUGUUUUUGUACCACGUUGUCUUUGGGGUGAGGUACCUCGGCAUUCUCAACGGAGUUGCGGCAUUUGUUAUCAUUGGAAUCGGUGUGGAUGAUGUGUUCGUGUUCAUCAGCACCUUCAGACAAGCCUCUCACCUGCGGCAGCCUCAGGAGCGAAUGAUCUACACGAUAAAAACAGCCGGCAGGGCGACAUUCCUCACCUCCUUCACAACGGCAGCUGCCUAUGCUGCCAACACCUUCUCCCAGAUCCCAGCCGUGCAUGACUUUGGCCUGUUCAUGGCCCUCAUUGUCAGCUGCUCCUGGCUUUGGGUGUCUGUCCUGAUGCCAGCAGCUCUGUGUAUCUGGACUCAGCACGUGGAGCCUCACGAACACGCCUGGCUGAACUGCGUGAAGUUGUUUUUGGGCCUGUCCUCGAGCUACAGUCCUUUGUCAGAUGAGGAUGAUGAUGUGGCACUUCUGUCGGUGGAGAUGGAGCCAGGCUCUUGUGACACAGAUGGAGACACAGGCAUUCUGUCCCUGUCGGUGGACACGUCUUUGUCUCCUCCAGGGCUGCAGCAGAUGGGCGUGGUCAGCACAAAACUUCAGAGGGCCCUGAAUCACUUAGUGGCUGAGCCAGCAGUGAAGCAACGGAAAGCUGUUCUUGGUGUGUUUUUGCUGGUUCUGCUCUUAUCUGCGGGCUGCUGUUGUCUCCUGCGGCCCGCCACCCACGCCCCACUUCUCUUCCGACCAGACACUAACCUUCAGACUCUGCUGGCGCUGCGCAGCAACCUCAGCGGACAGGGAAUCUCCUGCCCCAUGUGCUCAGGCGUGUUCAUGGAAAAACCCCACCUGUUGUUCGGCCACUCUUCCUCAUCAGGUUUUAGGUUUUCUACACAUCAGCACAGCCCAAGCACGACAAGCUCAACCUUUUCUAAGAAAAUGCUAAAAGUAAACCCUAACACCAACCAGACAGUCAGCAGCCCCUUGCUGACAGUGUACAUAUCAAAGCUCCACCAAGGAGGAUCCACAACAAUUUACCGUUUCUCGCUCAACACCAGCGUCCCAUCGCCUUGGAAAAUGUGCAGCCCAGAGCACGAGGAGGUGUCAUCGUUCCAGGCUUUUAGUCAGCCCUACAACAAUUACAGCCGCAGAAUGACCGUGUGUGUUUCCCGUGUGUACCGACCGUACCCCAGCUGGAUGAUCACAUUUGGCUCAUGUGAACUUCACCAUGGCUGGAAUCCAGAGUUUUCUUUUUAUGUAGCAGUGUCUCCUCAACAGAACAGCAGGAGGUUGUACUUUGCUCAGUGCCACCUGAGACCUCAUCCCAGUAAAGUGUGUGUCAAAACGCCUGGCUGUGGCUUCGGUUCGGAGCCUGCUGGACCUUCGCAGGGAAACUUUUACAUCCCUUUUCCUAGCAAUCCCUCAGCUGCUGCCAAAACAAAAGCAUCCAAAACGUCUGGCUUCAACCCGUGCAGCGGCGGCGUAUGUGGCCGGCCAGCUGUGCGCCCUCUGGUCGACACUGGGGCCAUGGUUUUUCUUGUGUUUGGGAUCCUGGGAGUCAACCGAACUGCAAACAAGGAAAACCAUGUGAUUGGAGAUAUGGGCAGCAUCAUACUGGAUCCAGACUUUGAUGUGUUCAAAGAAAUGGGGAAUCUCUGCAAAAUCUGCAAAGCUGUUGGAGCAAACAGAAAACUUGUGAAGCCAGGAGGCGCUCAGUGCUUGCCUUCAGGCAACAAGUUGUCCUCGGUUUUGCCUCUGCUUCAUCCUGAGUGCCACUCUCUGCCAGAACCCAACCUGCUCCCCGGGCAGCUCUCCCAUGGAGCGGUGGGAAUGCACGGUGGGAAGGUCCGCUGGCUCUCCAUGGCCUUUGAAUCUACUACAUACAAGGGGAAGUCCUCCUUUCAGACCUACACUGAUUUCCUUCAGUGGGAGAACUUCAUCCAGGAGCAACUCGCCAGCCUUCCGCAGUCUUCUACUCUCCGGCGAGGUUUCCAGACCUGUGAGCACUGGAAGCAGAUCUUCAUGGAAAUCAUAGGAGUGGAGAGUGCCCUCUGGAGUCUCCUCCUUUCUCUGGCCAUCUGUGUGGCAGCUGUGUCUGUGUUCACUGCACAUCCUCUGCUGCUGCUGCCGGUGCUCAUAACUAUAAUAGGAGUGAUCUGUCUGGUUGUGGCUGUCAUGUAUUGGCUGGGAUGGGAGAUGGGAGCAGUGGAGGCGAUUUCUCUGUCGAUACUCGUUGGAUCUUCAGUGGAUUACUGUCUGCACCUGGUGGAGGGCUACCUGCUGGCUGGGAUGAUCGUUACCUCUUCGCCUGAUCAAAACUAUGAGCCUUCUGCAAAGAGGCAGCGGCGAACUCUGGAGGCAGUGAACCAUGUGGGCGUUGCCAUCGUGUCCAGCGCCAUCACCACAGUGAUCUCCACUGUCCCUCUCUUCUUCUGUGUCAUUGUGCCUUUCGCCAAGUUCGGUCAGAUCGUGGCCAUCAACACAGCUGUCUCCAUCUUGUUCACCCUGUCCGUGACCUCGGCCCUCCUGGCCUGCAUGGCCCCUCCUCGCUUUGACAGACACCCCGGCGCUGUGCUGAAGGCCAGCCUGGCUGUGAUGGCAGCUGCAGCCAUGGGAGGGGCUCUGUGUUGGGUGGGGCGACAGCUGGGUCUGCUGGCCUGGCGAUCAGUCAGCACGUGAACCCUUCUGUCCAUCCAGUGAUGUCGGACACAAUAUUUGUGUUUUUUUCUUAGUUCUAAGGAAGAAUAUCAGAUCAGGAAGUGAUCUUUAUAGCACAAAGAUGACCAAAUCAUCUCAAUAAAUAAAAACUGUCCUUUUCAGAGUACAUUUUUUUCACUUUUACCUACCAGUGGUUUCAGAGUGAGGCGCCAAUCCUCACCUGCUGGAUUUUUU